AUGGUUCUGCUGGACAAAAGGAAGGAGGUGCUGCGUUUGUACCGCGAGAUCUUGCGUAUUUCGCGCCUGUUCUCACACCACAAUGAACAAGGUCAACUCUGGUCAUCGGUGCUGCAGAAGAAUGCACGGAUGGAAAUCGAGCAGAAUCGUUACGAGACGGACGGUGAGACGAUCUCAAAACGCAUUCUCUUCGGUUGGAAGUGUUUGCAAGAAGUUCAAGCAAAGAUGAUGGAAAAACAACAAGAAUUGUCAAAUACGGGCGUCAAUUCCGGACAAAACUGA